AUGGAUAAAGCUAUACAAAUUUUGGAUUUUAUUGAUGCAAAUGAAUUAGAGUGAAUUAAUUUGAGAAGAGAGCUAAAAGAAGAAAUGUUUGGAGGAUUAAGUGAAUUAGCAAACUUUAAUUUAACAAGAGAAGGAGUUGGAUUGGAUAUAUCAACUUUGAUUGAAGAUGAAAGCACUGUCAACGUUGAUUUUUCUGGGGAUAGAGUCAGGAUAAUUGAAAAUCCGCAGCCUAAAUUAGCAUUUCCUUAUAAUCAGCCUCCGAUUGCCAAGGCAAAGAGAAGGUUCCAAAAUGUCCUUCAAAAAGCUGCUGAUUUAAUAUUAUUACGCCAAAAACUCAACACAUUAACUGCAUCACUUAAAACGUUUAAGGUACCGAACGCCACACUCGAACUAAAAGGAGAGAGCCGAUAUAGUGACAUCACGAGCAUUUCCGAUCCAAAAGGUCGGACCAUUCAAUGUGCCGCCUGCUGCCCUGACCAGAGUUACUUACUCAGCGCGAUUUCGUCACCCCUUUUCUGGCUCAGCUCCUAGCGUGUUCUGCCUAAGGGUCAUCUUCCUCAGGUGUGCUGAGAAGCAAAACUCUAAGCAUCUUCCUUGAACUGUGAGACUGCUUCUCCUGCUAUCCCUAAAGUUAAAUCGCUGUUGCUGUGCAGAAGUUCUCGAGAGAGAAAAACCAACCCAUAAAUAAAAUUCCAUGAGAGAAAGAAAAUUAGCAGAACUAUUUUUCUCUCGAACCUAAAGCUAUUUUAUAUUUUAUACUAAAAACUCAACACAAUUUUAUUAGAAAAUUAA